CGCAACCAGAUUUAUACAUGUAACAUCGAGAGCAACCAGCAACAACAAAAUGUACAAAUUUAUAUGAGAAAAAAAGCAACGAAAAAAAUAAAUAAAUAAAAAAAAGACGAGUAUGGUGCAGGCAAAUCAACUCGCACAGUGUACGGUGAUCCGAUUCACGGAUUCGCCAAUCUCGCGCUUUCUGUCUGUGUGUGAUUGUGCAUAGCGAGUGGCUGAAGUGAGCUACCUCGAAAAAACGCAUACACAUUGAUUUCGAUGGUGGCGAUGGUCACGAUGACGGUGAUGGUGUGUAGCAGGCGAUGCCACUAUUCGACGAACUGAAAUCACAAAAUGCGCGCAAAAAAAUACAGCAUACAGAAGAGAAGAGUACGGCAGCAAAAAAAAAUACACGACGAGCAGCACAGAGAAGCGAAAUGAAAAAAAAAACAGCACACACAAACGUGUGCACGGGAACAGAAUGAAAAAAAAAACACACCAACGAGAAAAAUUUGAGCCAGCAACCUGAACUGUAGCAGGAGUAGAGCACAGCAAUGGCAUCAGCAUUACAGUAGCAACAAAAACAACAACAAUACCAACAACAACAACAACAGUAUAACCAUCAAAAAAGGGAUGCAGAAAAAUACGACUGACGACGAAAUGGGUUGAGCCGCACACAAAAAAUGAUUAUUGAUUUUCUUGUCAAAGUUUUGUUUGCGAUUGUGUGGUGAUUUUUGUUUACUUUUUUCAGCUUGUUCCUAUCCUCGGUACAUACACUCACUUUGUAUGUGCAAUAGUCCAGGCUCCACACAGAGUGUAUUCCUCAUUGCUGCUGCUGCUGUGUGUUUUUUUUUCAUUCCUAUUUCAUCGUCGUCGUUGUCGUUUUUUUUCUAUUUUAUUUUUUGUUCGAUUUGUGUUCGUUGUAUCUUCUUCCUGCUGCCGCCACCGAUGAUGGUUCUCUAUUCAAUUCAUAUUUGGUUCGUUAUUGCUGCUGCUGCCAUUUUUAUUCUAUGGACGGAUUUUUUUCCCUGCAUUUCACUAAUCGAACGUGCUCGCGAAUUGGAAUGAGGGGGGCGGUACGCGAUGAAUCCAUUAUUAAACGAUGAUAAAAAUGGAAAAGAGAAAUGAAAAACGAAAACAGACAACAUCAUAACUACCGUAUGCAAUUUCAAACAUUGUAGAGAGAUGAUAUAUAUUGAAAAUGGAUAAUAUUCCCAGCACUUGCGAUCGCGUUUUUUACCCAUCACUUCAUCCUUUCAUUCUUGUGCUGUCGCUUACUCGCUCUCCCUGCUGGACGUAUUCAUGACGUUUUUAUGCUAGUCUUGUCCCUGUCCGGCGUUUUUUUUUCUUCUCUCUUCUCUCGCUCACUGGAUUCUUUUUUUUUUUCGCUUUCCACUUCCACUGGACAUUCAUUUGUUUUCGUUGUUAUAUUGUGUUCGGUUAUUUGGUAUAUUCAAUCGAUAUCUUUACGCGACUGAUUUGAUAGGUUCACAAUCCAUGCAGAAUAGCAAACAGCAUCAGCAUCAGACAUUUCAGUAUUAGUUCUGCUGUUCACCUUUCCAUCAUCAUAUCCCUUUUCAUUUCGGUCGCUGUUCGUUCGGUCGUCCAUCCAUUCCGUUUGUCCUUCGCGAAUGACUGAAUGAGCGAGCACAAGAGUGAGGGUGAAAGAGAAACAGGCAAACCUCCUUUCGGCUGGUGCAGGUAAAGAGCACAUUUAUGAAUCGAAACAGCGCGACUCCUAUCAAUUAUGUAUCCAUGUCCAACGAAAUUUUCUCCCAACUCCAUCAACAUAUCAAACGAAAAUAUGCAGCCAAAUCCGAUUAAUUGAUAUUCCGCACAAAUGAAUUCGCUCUCGCAAAUCCCGACGCAUACACACAUACCCACACACACGCACACAAGUACACACAUAUCACACACUCGUGAACAUUGCCAGCUCGAAUGGUCAAACGAGCUUUAGAUGACUAUGAAAUCGAAGAGGACUUGCCAAACGCAAUGAAACUGCUCGGUGAGAUGAAUAAUAAUGUAAAACAAGUUUCAGACUUGGUCGAGAGCAUGUUGCAACGCGUCAAAAGUGGUGAACUCACAACCGAAUAUGGGCUUAGUUUUCUAGAGGUUAGGUAUCACAUGCUAUUGACAUAUUUGAUUAAUCUUACCUACGUGGUCCUCCGAAAAUGCUCAGGCAAAAAAAUCGAACGGGAUCCAUCAAUUGAUCGUUUAAUUGAAAUUCGGACUGUACUGGAGAAGAUUCGCCCAAUUGACUACAAAUUGCGCUAUCAAAUCGAUAAAUUGGUCAAAACAGCCAUUACUGGUGUCACCAACUCCAAAGAUCCAAUCAAUUUCAAGCCAAACUUGAGCGCUCUCACUACUCAAAUCGAAACCGGAGACACGGCCGAAAGCAGUGAUGACGAUUCAGAAGAAGAGACUACCAAAUCCGGUAAAAAUGUCAAAAAAUCGGGUUCAGCCAAAGAAGGUGGCGUUUAUGUACCGCCAAAACUGAGCGCUGUUCAUUAUGAUGGUGAAGACACUAAAGCAGAACGCGCCCGCAAACAAAUGGAACGUGCCAGAAAACGAGCUUUGAAUUCAAAUAUUAUUCAAGAUUUGAAAGAAGAAUGUUUGGAUACACCUACUGAGAUAACAGAAGGUUCACGCGCACAGCAACUCUUAACCAGAGCACAAAAAGAGAAGGAAGAGUAUGAAGAAAACUAUCUUACACGAUUACCUGUCACCAAAGCCGAAAAGCAUCGCCAAAGGAAACUCACCACACUCGGCACUCUCGGCGAUGAGAUCACCAGUUUUGGUAAUAUCAGUGCGUUGAGCGGAUCGGCAUCGGGUGGAUUGUCGAAAGGCAAAAAGCGAAAGUCAAAGGGCCAAUCCAAGCGUGGUGGUGGCAAGAAACGAAAAUUCCAUUGAACGACCUGCUGCUAAAACGAUCAGCAUCAAAAUCUCACGUUUCUUGAGACAUAAUUCCAAUCACAACCAAUCUUCUUUGAAUGUUUAUUUUUUUUUACUCAAUUUCUCCUAAUUUUGUUGAACAAUCGAUUUAUUUUUGCUCACUCCAAACUAAUGGAAUGUUUUUAUUUGUUACGAAUCGAUUUCAUUUUAUGGUUUUUCUUUUUUUUCGUUUGAUUAAAUUGCAUUUUAGUUGAAGCGAUAGUUCUUUUAUUAUAUUUUUCCCUCGAUUUAUUCAUGUUGUGCCAAAGCACUAAGUUUACGUUUUUAUAUAAGAUGAAGAACAGAAAUGAACAUAGGUAACAUUGAACAUUAAACAAAACAAAAACAAAAGAAGAAUUGAAAAAAAAGAAGAAGAAAAAAACGCAUUUGAAAACGUUCGCAAUGAAAUUUUCCAUGUUUCGCUCAAUCGUAUCAAAUAAAAUAGCAAAUACAACAAUACACGCGAUUCACCAAAUCGUGUAAAUUAAAUCAGAAUUAUAAGUAAAAAAAAAGCACAGUUAAAGUUAUAUUUUUUAAAAUAGUGUAAAAAAGAGAGAGAGACGAAGAUGAGAAUGAACAGAGAGAAGUUAAGCAGCAUAAAACCAACCGAUUCAAUGUGAUUUAUUUGACACACAAUGUAAAGAAGAUGAUGAUGGAAAUACAUGAGAGAAUGAAGAGAAAAACACAAA